AUGGGCAAUAGCUGCAAAAAGUGCUUCGAGAGAAGACCACAAAAAAUUCACCCUCAACUUAAAACACCUAAUCCAAAAGGGCAUUAAAACUUAAAUAACUUCAUAUCAGUUGACUAGGCAAGUCUAUUUCACUUUCAGCCAGAGCAGUAUUAGUUUAGACAUCUAGGUAAGUAAUUCGGCAUCCAACCAAUUACAAUCUCACGUCCAUUAAUCUUAUUAACAAAUGUCAUAAAUUCUAAUGUCUCAUAAUUAGAUUCAGACGAAUCAGAUCGUUAAGAAGUAAGAGUAAGCAUGGGUUGGAAAGUCAAAAAGGAUUCCUCCUCUGGGAAUACUGUAUGGCAGGUCUCAGACCGCAUAAGCCUCGAUAAAAAUCGAAGGAGAGAAAUUAGAAAUAUGACAAUGGAGUAAGCCUUAAUUCAAAGAAGCAAUCUCUGUCUAGAGGAAAAGAAGAUUUGGCUUCAAAAGUAUCUUGGAAAGCAGAGGAUUCCUUAUGUGGAUGAUCGCGAAAUUCUUGUAAUUAAUAGAGAGAAUUUGGUCCAAGAAUCCUUCGACGCCUUCCAAACUUUUAUUGAUUUAAAUUUGCAUAAGGAACUGCAGAUAUUUUUUGUGGGAGAAAAAGCUUAAGACGCAGGAGGGGUAGAAAGAGAAUGGAUAACUUAAAUCGUAUAGCAUCUAUUGUCUAACGAGUUUGGGUUGUUCAGGAGAUUGCCUGGACUAUAAGAGGUGACCUACUAUUUUGAGAUUAAAAAGGAAGAAGGAAAUAAAUAACUACAAUGGUACUACUUCCUUGGUUAAAUAGUGGGAAAAGCUCUAUUUGAUUAGGUGCCUUUAAAUUUUCCAGUUUGUAAGGCGUUAAUGAAGCUAAUGAUGAAUAAAAAUGUGAAGUUCACUUUAGAAGAUCUCAGAAGUUACGACUCUCAAAUAUACAAUAGUAUCAAAAUGAUUAGCUCAACAAGUUUGACUCCUGAAGAUAUAAAAGCACUGAUGAUAAAUUUUACUGUUGAAAUAUAUGAUAAAAAUGGAACCAUUAUCUAGUAUGCAGAAUUAAUCCCAGAUGGGGCUAAUACUUACAUUAAUAAUGAAAACAAGCAACAAUUCAUAGAGCUGUUUAUAGAUUAUCAUCUAAGAAAAAGUGUGCAGAAGUAGUUUGAAAAUUUCUUGCAAGGCUUUUCAACUGUAAUAAGGCCAGAAUCUUUGAAAAUAUUUGAAGAAGUAGAUGAGUUUGAGUUAAUUUUGUGUGGAUCACCUUAUGUUAAUGUCGAAGACUGGCAAGAUAAUACACUUUACAGAGAGACACUCAGCAAAUCAAGCUAAGUCAUUCAAUUCUUUUGGAAAGCACUAGAGGAAUUGAAUCAGGAAGAUUUGAGAAUAUUCUUGUAAUUUUGUACUGGAUCUACAAGAGUGCCUAUAGAAGGAUUCAAGGGCUUAAUUUCAAACAGAGGAAAAUUGUAAAAAUUCACAAUUAUUCCAUCUUAAGAGGAAAACAGCUAGAUGAUCAAAGCUUAAACCUGCUUUAACAGAAUAUAUAUUCCACAGUUUAAAAGCUUAGAGGAAGUUCAAACUGCAGUAAACCAAAUUAUUAUAAAUAGAGAAAAUUGGCUGUAUUUUGACUACGAAUGA